UCACAGCCCCUCUGCUGCUGCUGCUGCCUCUGCUGCUCUCUCUGCCUCUGUGUGUAGGUUUUGUACGUGCGGACGCCUGAUAGAGAUGAAAUGCCAGGAUCGGGCUUCCUCCAGGGAUACCGUCUCCAUCCUGUAACGUGAGGCAGCCAGCAGCGCGAGGAGACCAGGGAGAGGAGCUGCAUCCGUCUUAGAGAGGCGCCUCCGAAGGACCAGGCGUGAUCCAACAGGAGGGGAUAUUUAUUUUUUAAUUAGUCUCUGCUGUAGAGAAAAGGAAUUGUCGUCAUCCCCCCCUUCCCCAACCAUCUUUUUUUUUUCCUCCGGUGCCCCCUCCUUUCUCCUCCGCCUCCACUCACAUUUUCCCCCCCUAAUUUUUCUAGAGGAGCUCGUUAGAAUAUCAAACCUCCAUGUAUGACAAUUUGUACCUGCAUGGAUUUGAAGACUCGGAGGCGGGCUCAGCUGAUUCGUAUACUAGCAGACCAUCAGACUCAGAUGUAUCUCUGGAGGAGGAGCGUGAGGUGCAGGCUCAGGUCCAGAGCCAGAGCCCCAGCCAGAUCCAAGGACCGGGACAGAGCCGUCAGGAGAGGGAGCAGCAGGCUGCCGUUCAACUGGAGAGAGCCAAGAGUAAACCUGUGGCGUUUGCUGUAAGGACCAAUGUCAGCUACUGUGGCGCCCUGGAUGAGGAUGUUCCAGUACCGGCAACAGCCAUCUCUUUUGAUGCCAAGGACUUCCUCCACAUAAAAGAGAAGUUCAACAAUGACUGGUGGAUCGGGCGCUUGGUAAAAGAGGGCUGUGAGAUCGGCUUCAUUCCCAGCCCUCUGAAGCUCGAGAACAUCCGACUCCAGCAGGAGCAAAAGAGAGGACGAGUGCAAGGUAAGUCUGGGGGAAACUCCUCUUCCAGUGUGGAGGAUGAGGUGUCAGCCUCUAUCCGACCACUCAUAUCCUCAGCAGGGAAGCAGAAACAGAAAGUGACGGAGCACAUCCCCCCGUAUGAUGUGGUGCCCUCCAUGAGGCCCGUGGUGCUGGUGGGACCCUCGCUCAAAGGUUACGAGGUGACAGACAUGAUGCAGAAAGCCCUGUUUGACUUCCUCAAGCACAGAUUUGAUGGCAGGAUAACUAUAACACGAGUAACUGCAGACAUCUCACUGGCCAAGAGGUCCGUUCUGAACAACCCCAGUAAACGAGCCAUUAUUGAAAGAUCCAACACUCGAUCCAGCUUAGCUGAGGUGCAAAGUGAGAUUGAAAGAAUCUUUGAGUUGGCGCGCUCCCUUCAGUUGGUUGUCUUGGACGCUGACACCAUUAACCACCCGGCCCAGCUCCUCAAGACUUCACUGGCGCCCAUCAUUGUCCAUGUCAAAGUCUCCUCACCAAAGGUUCUUCAGAGGUUAGUGAAGUCCAGAGGGAAGUCACAGAGCAAACACCUAAAUGUCCAGCUUGUGGCAGCAGAAAAACUGUCUCAGUGUCCACCGGAAAUGUUUGACAUCAUCCUGGAUGAAAACCAGCUGGAGGACGCCUGUGAACACCUUGCUGAAUACCUUGAGGCCUACUGGAAAGCAACUCAUACCUCAAUGGCAACACCUCUAAACCCUCUGAUGGGUCGGAACCUGGGGCCCACUACUCUCACCCCUUAUUCCACCAGCAUCUCUGGUCUGCAGAGCCAAAAAAUGCGACAAAGCAACCACACGGGAGACCAUUCCACCGCAAAUGAGCGGCGCAACCUGAUGACGUCGGACGAAAAUUACCACAAUGAGCGAGCGCAUAAGGGACGCAACCGCAUGUCUUCUGGCUCGCAGCACAGCCGAGAGCAGCAGGACCCCUACCAGGACUACCAGGACCCCUAUCAGGACGCCUACAAGCCCCAUCGCAAUCGAAGUUCACCGGGCAGCUACAGCCACGAUUCCAGGCAGCGGCUCUGAGCCCACUUCUCCUGCCACCAGCACCCUACAGACCCAGGUUCCGCUGAAAAUAAAUCAGGCAAAAGAGCCUAGAUGGUCCCCAAAUUGUACCUUUUUUUUUUUUUCUUUUCUGGCCUGCCUGGCAAUUUUUCUCUUAGAAUACUGAUCAGGUAUUUGUUUUUAACCAAACUGUCAAUCAAAAGCAUGAAGAAGUCAGAAGAUUCUGAAUGCCAACAAUAAUUAACACUAAAAUUACUUUCAUUUAUCUUUCGAGGAUCUUCUUGGAUUGUACUAACACAAUGCUCAGCAGAUGUGCAGCACGGAUUGUGCUUGUUGCGUCUAUCAACAAGCUAGUUUUGGAUACUGGUCAGACAGUGAUAUAAAGGCAUUGUGUACCUGGAGUAUCACAUCAAACUGAAGGGACAUCCACUGCACACAAACUGCUGACUGAAAGGCUGCUGCCCCUAUCCUGGGCCGUGUAUAAAUCCUCUCACCAUUUAGCUUAUUGCAUGCCAAUAGUUGGUCAACCUCCGCAUCCACUUAGCUCAUAUUUUGUACCUAGCAUUCUGGAUAAGGUUUAGGUCCAAUUUUCUACAUCAUCCGGUUGUGGAUCAGCAGUUAAUGGUGGGAAUUGUGGGCUGGUGUGCAGAUAGCUAUGAAAACUGGUGCUUCACAUUCCCUAUCCCCAUAUCCCUCAACAUUUCUUUGCUAUUUGCAAGUCACUUUGAGCAAGGCCAGCUUUUCUGUAGCAUAGCUUUAGCAUCUCAUUAAGGUGAAGACCCUCAUGGUCAGAGAUGGACAAGAUGCUGAAGGUGUUGGGUUCAGAUCUGAGCUACGCUUUAGAGCUUCUGCUCUGAACAGGUAGCACAAAGGAAGCACUAUUUCUGUGUGUCUAGGAUAGUAAAUUGCAAUAUUAAGACGCUACGUGAUAUGUUUUUAGUGUUGUUUGUAAAAGGGUGAGACCCUCUGAAGCGAGUCAGGAUGUUUGUUUGGUUUUAUUUCCCUUAAUCUUUGACAAUUAUGGUCUCAUCAGCAUAUAUGGAGAUGUUUUGUGGCUAUUUUUCACUUAACCACACACCUAUCAGUUUGUCCCUAUUAUUCUUUCUUGAAAUGGGGUUAAAAUAACCAUAUCAGGAUCAGUGGCAUUGCAUUGCAUUUAUUUAACUUUUGUAGCUGGCAUGACAAGAUGACUGCAGAGCAUGCUCCCUACAGAUGUACAAUAAGAACCCCGAUGUACUCAACCCGAUAUAUAUAUUUUUUUUAACUAUGGAGCUUCUCCAACUGAAAAAAAAAGGGGAAAAAAGUAAAGAACAAUUAAAAACACAGACCCAAACUGCAGAACAGGUGAAAACCUUUAACAAGAUUUAUGAGGUUAGUGUCCCAGCGGUUAAAAAUGGCAUACUGGACAAAUAUAUGUGGAUGUUGCAUGAUGUAAAAUUGGAGCCACUGCAAUCAUAGUUUUGUCUUUUCAGCCAUGUCAGAAAAUUCCCAAAGGCAUCACAUGCAGUCUGAGUUUACUGAACCCCCAUAUGGUGCUUUGUAUAAAUACAGAGAGCUGCUGCUGUUUCUGAUUAUGUUCAAUAUCCUGUUUUUCCCCAUUUAUCCUACAGAUCGUUUGCCUAUAAGAAUAAUUAUAUGGAAAUUAUUUAUUCAAAUGACUGCUCGAGGACGUUUAUGGAUUUUCACAGAAAUGUGUCAAAUUAACACUUCCUGAGUUAUUAUCCUUAAUGAAGGGAUGUGCUCACA